AUGGCAGACCAACAGACUACUGCUGCGGCAGCCGCCAACCCCGCUGAAGUCUCCAAGACUGAGAACGCAGUCGACGUCAAGUCUGACUCAAAGACUGAGACUACCGACUCCAAGCCAGAGGAGAAGGCCUCCAAGGCCGAGAACGGCGAGGAGAAGUGGGAAAUCAAUGGCAAGUCCGAGGACAAGAACGGCCGUCGCAACGACCGCGAAGACCGAUCCGGUCGCAACGACCGCCGCGAGGGUGGUCGCGGAGGUCGAGGAGGUCGCGGUGGCCGAGGCAACUUCCGCGACAACCGUAACAAGAGGCAGAACAACCAAGAGUUUGAUGAUCUUCCCGAGUCCGACGACCCCAACGAGAUCCGCGCCCAAGUUGAAUUUUACUUCUCUGCACAGAACUUGGCGACCGACGAGCACAUGUUCAAGGUGCUCGAAGGCCCCAAGAACACACCUGUUUCCAUCAACCACAUCUGCACCUUCAAGCGCAUGCGCCACUUCAAGCCAUACUCCGCUGUCGUAAAAGCACUUCGCGACAGCAACGACCUCGAUGUCGUCGACGAUGGCGAGUACAGCAAGGCUGGCAGCGAGGCUGUCAAGCGCAAGGAGCCGCUUUCCGUUCCCACCAAGGACGGCGACGACAAGAACCCCCCUACCACGGAGGAGCUCUUCUACCGCCUGAAGAACAACUCAUCCAACAACAUGGAGCGAAGCGCCUACGUCAAGGGCUUCGGCAGCGAAGACCAGGCCGGCCAGAUCGCACUCGAGAAGUUCUUCCGUCCCUACGGCGCAGUCAUGAUCCGCAAGCGUCGCGAGAACGACGGCGCCUGGAAGGGCAGCGUCUUUGUCGAAUUCGACUCCGAGGACUCUCAGAAGCAGUUCCUUGAACUUGACCCCGCGCCCAAGUUCAACGGCAACGACCUCGUCACCAUGGGCAAGAAGGAGUACAUUGUCAUGAAGUGCCAGGAGAAGGGCAUCAAGCCCGACUGGGAGUUGACCGAGGAGGAGAAGUAUCAGCAGCGCAAGGCACAGCGCGAGGCUAACGGAGAUUUCAGCCGCAGCGGCCGUGGAGGAGGUCGUGGAGGUCGUGGUCAGGGCCGCGGUGGACGCGGUGGACGUGGUGGCAACGACCGUCGCGACAACCGCCGUGACCGCAACCGUUCCCGUUCUCCCCGCAGACGCCGCGACUCAAACGGCUCCGUCGACGCCGAUGACUGGAACAAGCGUCGCGACCGCUUCAAGGACGGCAAGGACGACCGCGCUAGCCACAAGGAGGACAAGAAGGAGAUUGAGCGCGACGCUCACGGCGUUCCCAUUGUCAAGGACACCUCCAACAAGCGCAAGGCCGACGACGGCGAGCCCCAGGGCAGCCCCAAGAAGAGCAAGCUUGAGAUCAAGCAGGAUGAGUAG